AUGCGCAAGCAGUCCAUCACGAGCAAUGCACAGCGCACGCAGUCUGUCUCCUCAGCACCUGAGACGGACGUCGUCACUGUAGCAGUCUUACCACCGAGGCUGCCAACAGAUGUCGCGCCUCCAACAGGCAUCGCGGCUGCCACAGCCUUUGACUGGGACGAGAGAGUCAAUUGGGUACACAACGAGAAGAUCAGUGAGGAGGAGGCUACCAGUGCGAAGAGAUGGACGCGCAAGCUUGGCUUCACAACACAGCGCAAGAAGGCGAACGAUAUGCCUCCUUUCGUCUUCAGGAAGAUACCCUAUGACACAUGGCGCAAGCAUUACGCCAAAGACAAGGAAGGACGUUAUAGAGGUACCUUGGCACCCGCUGAGGACUGUCUGCUACUGCCUGAAGACGUUGAACUUUGGCGAUUGGGUGAUCCUGAAACAAAAGCAGAUCUAUGGACACGAGGCAAAGCUGCUUUGCCAGUUUACGAUGAACAUCAUGAAGAGCUCCUGCCACAGUACAGUCGGGACUAUGACGGUCCGUCAACUCAAGAACUGAAGCCCGAAUCAGGCCGGCCUCAUGUUGCAGAAAGAAGUUCCAGUUUUAUGGCUGAUGGCAAGACCAGUGAACAGAUCAUUAGUGAAGCCAGAGCCAAGCUGGAGGCUGACAAGAACAAGAAGAAGAGCUGGAAGAAUUCAAUCAAGAGAGGCGCUGAAUUUGCGAUGAUGGGUACCAACACUUGA